AUGCCUCCGCUGGUGGAGCAAUCGCACCGUUAUCAGCAUCAGCCGAGGCACAUGGAACCAUCUCGCAAUGGAGACUCGGUUCAAGUGGAGCACCGGACGCACCACAAUCCCCAUUUGUCCCACCAGCCGCCCAGGCAACUCCUGCACCACAACCAAUUGGUGCCCUAUCUCCGUACGGCCCUCUACGACUACGAUGCCCAAGGCGACGACGAGCUGUCCCUGCGCAAGGGCCAGAUCGUCGAGGUCCUCUCCGAGGACGCCAAGAUAUCCGGCGACGAAGGCUGGUGGACCGGCAAAAUCGGCGAUAAGGUAGGGAUAUUCCCCUCGAACUUCGUGGCCCACCGUGAUCCGGAACAGGACUUCUCCGAUCACUACAACAACAUCAUCGCGGACAUCGAUCCGGUGAAAAUAGACUUCUCCGAAUUGGAAUUGGAGGAGGUGAUAGGCGUCGGUGGGUUCGGUAAGGUGUACAGGGGCGUGUGGAAGAUGCGCGAAGUGGCGGUGAAGGCGGCGCGUCGCGACGCCGACGCCGACGCCAGCGUUACGAUGGAGAACGUGAUCAAGGAGGCUAAGCUGUUUUGUUUGUUGUGCCACGAGAAUAUAGUGUCGUUGGAGGGCGUGUGCCUGCGCGAGCCGAACUUGUGCUUAGUGUUGGAGUAUUGUAGGGGCGGUUCGUUGAAUAGGAUCCUGUCCGGCAGGAAAAUUAGGCCUGACGUUUUGGUCGAUUGGGCCAUACAGAUCGCUCGGGGUAUGGAUUAUUUGCAUUGCAGGGCGCCGAUAUCGCUCAUUCAUAGGGACCUGAAGAGUUCAAACGUUCUCCUUCGAGAGACCAUCGAAAACGACGACAUUCAAUUCAAAACGUUGAAAAUCACGGAUUUCGGUCUGGCCAGAGAAGUGUACAAAACGACGAGAAUGUCCCAAGCCGGCACGUACGCCUGGAUGGCGCCCGAAGUCAUCAAAAACUCGACGUUCUCGAAAGCGAGCGACGUUUGGAGUUACGGCGUAUUAUUGUGGGAAUUACUAACGGGCGAGACUCCUUACAAAGGCAUCGAUACAUUAGCUGUAGCCUACGGUGUGGCGGUGAAUAAAUUAACAUUACCUAUACCUAGCACGUGCCCUCAACCGUGGAGGGACCUAAUGGAGAAAUGUUGGGAAUCCGAUCCUCAUCGAAGACCUACGUUUGAACAUAUUUUGGACGAUUUAGAUAAUAUAGUGCAUUCGUCUUUUACGCAAACGCCCCACGAAAGUUUUCACAUCAUGCAGGACGAUUGGAGACAGGAGAUCGAAGAGGUGCUAUUGGAACUUCGCAGGAAAGAAAAGGCUUGUAAAUCCUACGAAGAGGAAUUGCGAUGCAGAGAAGAGGAUCUCAACAGGGCGCAGUUGCAGCAACGUUUGCACGAAGAACAGCUCAGGCAAAAAGAGCAGGAAUUGCACGCCAGGGAAAUCGAUCUGCUCGAAAGGGAACUGCACUUUAUGAUUAAACAACAAACUCCUACGCCUAUCAAAAGGAAAGGAAAAUUCAAACGAUCGAGAUUGAAGAUAUUGAAGAAGGAGCCCGGUACGAAUAUCAGUUUUCCUUCGGAUUUUCGACAUACGAUUACCGUUCAACAUACCGUCGAUCACAAAGGUAUUAGCGGUAUUAUUUCGCCAAAUAGUCCGCCUGGAUCGCCGGCCAUACCUAGAUUAAGAGCCAUUGCGCUACCAGCCGACGGCGUGAAAGGCAAAACGUGGGGCCCCAGUACGCUGCAUCAGCGCGAACGCGGCCAAAUAAUGUCGAGGCCGAGCCCCAACAAGACGGCGUUGUGGUCGAAGAGCGCCCCGAAUUUGGACAAAACGAGAACGGUCGUCGGCGGUACGGCCGCACAGCCGACGAGCCAAAGGCCCCAACACGACAUAGAUUACACGCCGGCCGAGGAUUGGGGUCCCGAGUAUCCCAUACCUGGGAUCGUUCGACCUAACGUGCCCAUACCGACCCUCUACAGCGCAGACGGACAACGUAUGAAACCAAAGUUCAGUAUAGUCGAAUUAGUUUUGUACAAUAUAGCGGCCAUGUUGGCAGGAGUGGCGUCAGGAUACGACGUAAGGCUGUCCAACGUGUCGCCUUUGCACCCUAAAUUACAGCCUAAUAGGAUAGAAGUGAGCGAUUUACCGGCCUGGCGACCGAUCGAAAACCAAGACUACGAAUACUCGACGACGUCGGGCUACAACCACAACACCUACCACGGCCCCACCAAGCACUACAGACCCACACUCACCAACUCCCACCUCAUCAGCUCCGGCAAAACCGACGAACUGAUGAAACCGCUGCGCUUCACCGACUCGCCCCAGCACAAUCCCGCGCCCAAUCCGUCGCCGCGCCGCAAAUCCAGCUCGGACGGUUCCGAGCAGUACGGCGCCUUCGAGCGCAACGCCACCAUCUACAUACCCGGCGAAUACCAUCGAUGUCCGGCGCCGCCGGGCUGCCCGCGAUCCGACAACAUCUACGUCUACAACAACUACCAGGAGUCGUACCCGACGGGCUACGGAUCCGAGUGCAGCGGCACCACCACCUUGUACGGCUACGGCACCGACUACGCCUACGAGAACCCCAGCAGCGUCAGCGUGAGCAGCCACAGCGGCGCCAGGACGCCGCAGAAGAUGCACAAGCGCACCCCCUCCAACGUGUCCAACGCCAGUUCGAGCGGCUCGAACGUCAACCACAGCUUCAGGCUGGAGGAGGAGUACAGCUCGACGCACUACCUGCCGGCGCGACGCCAAUACGAGUACGAUUACGGCAACGCCGCUUAUCCGACGUUGCCGUACGCGAAACAGGGCGAAUCGAACUUCGAACGGCCCACCACGUUGGACACGACCGGUUGCGGUUACACGAAGCUGCGGUCGAGCUUGAAGCGAACGAAUUACCAGAACAGCCAAGGCCAUUCGGGCGGGAACACGCCGACGAAUCCGACGCCGCCCGACAGCCUGACCAGCGACGACAGUUCGUACGUUUCGGCGAAGGAGAGCGGCAACAGCGCCAGCCGGGUGAGGUUCUCGCCGACGACGCUGCUGGAUUUGCCGGCGCCCGGACAACAGCAGGAUCCGACGGUGCCGUUGCAGGCGAGAAGGAGCCGCCUGCGGCCCGCUCUCGUCGAAAUCGAUAAGGAAUUGUUGUCGUAA